AUGGAUAAAAGUUGGACGCAUGAAACUGAUAGAACUAGUACACAAUAUAGUGAAGGUGUUAAGCAGUCCAUUAACAUGGCACGUGGCCAUGAGGAUCGAGUUGGUAGGAUUAAGUGUCCAUGUUGUAAAUGCACAAAUCGAUAUUAUCAACAUAUAGAUGCGGUGGAGACUCAUUUGAUUGUGAAUAGAUUUGAUUUGAAUUACAUCGAAUGGAUAUUUCAUGGGAAAGAAGAUCCGUUUUUUAAACACGUGCAAGCUGAGCAUAAUGAUGAUAAUUCACAAGCAAAGGACAUUGAUGACGUUGGAAAAAUGUUAGAUGACAUUUAUAGGGGGACAUUUCCAGAUGCAAAUAUAGGUUGCAAGAAGUUUUCUAAACUCUCUUUUUGUAUGAAGCUGCUUCAUAUAAAGAAACUUUGCAAUUGGAGUGAUAAGUCGUUUGAUUUGAUGAUUGACUUGAUAAAGCAGGCGGUCCCAGAUGGAGAGUCAUUGCCAAAAUCGUAUUAUGAAGCAAAGCAGUUUAGGCGAGACUUGGGUUUUAGCUAUGAGUUGAUACAUGUAUGCAAAAAAGUGUGUACACUUUUCUUGAAGGAACAUGCUGAUAAAGAAGAAUGCCCAAAAUGUCAUACUUCAAGAUGGAAAGAGGACAAUGGUAAAGAUUCUCGCAAUGUGCGACUUGGUUUAGCAAGCGAUGGGUUCAAUCCAUUUGGUAACAUGAGUACAUCAUAUAGCAUGUGGCCAGUAGUACUUAUGCCGUAUAAUUUACCUCCACGGAGGUGUAUGAAAGAUCCAUAUAUGAUUUUGUCCUUACUUAUUCCUGGACGUAAGGCACCUGGAAACAAAAUUGAUGUGUACUUGCGGCCGUUGGUGGAUGAUUUAAAAGAAUUAUGGAAUGAAGGCAUCAAGACAUAUGACGCAUCAACGCAACAUUCAUUUAAGUUGCAUGCAACGUUAUUAUGGACUAUAAAUUAUUUUCCUGCAUAUGCGAACUUAUCUGGGUGGUCUACCAAGGGAAAGUUAGCAUGUUCCAUAUGUAAUGAGAAUACAGAGUCGAGUUAUUUGAAGUUUAGCCACAAAUUGUGUUACAUGGGUUAUUGUCGAUUCUUACCUCAAGAGCAUAACUGGCGCAAAAAAAAAGAAUUUUUUGAUGGAACUGAAGAGCAUAGGAUAGCCCCUAAUGAAUUAUCAGGAGAUCAAUUGUUACAACAACUAAUGAAUGUUCCAGAAGUGCAAUUUGGAGAUUAUGAAGCUACAAGAAAAAGAAAGCGCACGAAGAUUGAGUUGAAUUGGACAAAGAAAAGAAUGAAAAGCCAUGAUUUUCAUGUACUCUCACAACGAUUACUUCCUGUUGCAAUUUGUGGAUAUUUCAAUGAUAAUAUACGUACAACAUUGACUAAAUUGUGUUUAUUUUUUAAGGACUUGUGUUCACGAACAUUGAAGUUAGAUGUCUUAAAUCAAAUGAAGGAAGACAUUGUUGUGAUUUUAUGCAAAAUGGAAAUGAUAUUUCCACCCGCUUUUUUCGAUAUAAUGGUAUAUUUAGCUCUUCAUUUACCUCGAGAGGUAGAGAUUACAUGCCCUGUUCAAUUUCACUGGAUGUAUCCAAUUGAAAGGUUUCUUGGUACAUUAAAGCGGUUUGUGCGAAAUAGAGCACGUCCAGAAGGGUCAAUUGCUGAGGGAUAUUUAUCUAUUGAAUGUUUGACAUUCUGCUCUAUGUAUCUUUGUGAGAUUGAGACAGUAUGGAGUUGUGAGGAGCGGAAUAGCAACAGGUGCCAGGGGGAAAGGGAUGUAGGCUUGUCUGUUUUUUCACAACCAGUACGUCUUUUAGGAGUAGCAAAAUAUGUAAGACUUGAUGAUACGCAUCUCACAUGGGCUCGAUGGUAUGUGCUUAGCAAUUGCUCAGAAAUUGAUUCAAACAAAACUGAACAUUAUUUGGAGAUCCAGGGAGAAGGCAUCAUUAACAUUGAUCAUAAGCAUGAAGUUGAAUUCGAAAAUUGGUUCAAAGAUCGUAUAUGUGGGAGUAAUGUGACAAAUGUGUCAAAAGAAUUAAAUAGUCUUGCAUGCGGAUUUGAUGCUCUAGUUGCAGUUUACCAAGGUUGCAUUGUGAAUGGUGUUAGGUUCCACACAAAAGACCGUGAACAUACUCGUCGUACUCAAAAUAGCGGUGUCUUUGUUCCGGGUGAAGAUGGUGGAACAAAAACUAACUAUUAUGGUGAGUUGAGGAAUGUUUUGGAACUAACCUACAUGGGCAAUAAUCGUGUAUAUUUAUUUGAGUGUGAUUGGUGGGACACUAGGGAUGUAAUAGGAAUGCAAAGGGAUGAGCAUUGUACAAGUGUGAAUACAUCUCGUAUAUGGUAUCAUUCUGACCCAUUUAUCUUAGCAUGCCAAACUUCACAAGUUUUUUACUUGAAUGAUUCCAAAUUGGGCAGUAGUUGGCGAGUAGUGCAACAUAUGACGCACAGAAACAUGUAUGAUAUUCCCACAGGCACAGAGAAAGUGCAUGAAGAUAAUGGUAAUGCGGUAUACCAAGAAAGUGAAUGUAUUGGGGUUAAUGCAACAGUUCAACAAGAAAAUGAUGAAGACUCAACUUUGUUACAUAGAGAUGGUGUGCCAGCAAUAGAUUUAGGGGACUUAAUACCUGUUGAUGAUGUAUAUGUGCAACUUGAUGAAAGUAUGUUCAUCAAUGAUGACUUGUCUAAUGAGGAAUGGGAUACAGAUUCCAACAAUGAAGAAGAAACAUAUAGUGAUGACGAUGUUUCAAGCUCAGAUUAG